UCUUGAUCAUUAUUUCUGUGGAGGAAACACACACUUGGUUGGCAAUGCUCAGCUCCGGGUCCAGAGUGGAGGGAAGAGGGAUGCUGUCUAUUGCCACGAUGCAGCUUGGUUGCCUGGUGCUGCUGAUGGUAGCCACUCGAGGGUGCAUUGCAGCUGUGACCGGUGCCUAUCUUGAGGAAGACACCUGUUCUUUGUCUGGAUUUCUGCCCCGAAGCUGCAAUGAAGUGAAGCAGAGGUGCCGUAAUGCCCGUGAUGGCCUGUAUUUCCUUCGCACCAAGAAUGGCGUCAUUUACCAGACCUUCUGUGACAUGACCACUGCGGGUGGAGGCUGGACCCUGGUGGCCAGUGUGCAUGAGAACAACAUGUAUGGGAAGUGCACAGUGGGUGACCGUUGGUCCAGUCAACAGGGAAACAGAGCUGACUACCCCGAAGGUGAUGGCAACUGGGCCAACUACAACACUUUUGGGACUGCAGAGGCAGCUACAAGUGAUGACUACAAGAAUCCAGGCUACUACGACAUCCAGGCCCUGGACCUGGGCAUCUGGCAUGUUCCCAACAAUAGCCCCUUGGAGAAUUGGAGGAAUAACUCCCUGCUGAGGUACCGCACAGCAGUUGGCUUCUUCCAGCACCUGGAACAUAAUCUGUUUGGACUCUAUCAGAAAUACCCAGUGAAAUAUGGAACAGGAAAGUGUUGGACUGAUAAUGGGCCUGCGAUACCUGUGGUCUAUGAUUUUGGUGAUGCUGAGAAGACAGCCUCUUAUUACUCCCCCAAUGGCCGCAAUGAGUUCACUGCAGGAUAUGUCCAGUUCAGAGUAUUUAAUAACGAGGGAGCAGCGAAUGCCUUGUGUGCUGGAAUGAAGGUCACCGGGUGUAACACUGAAAUUCACUGCAUUGGUGGAGGAGGCUUCUUCCCAGAGGGCAAUCCUGUGCAGUGUGGAGACUUCUCUGCCUUUGACUGGAACGGAUAUGGAACUCAUAUUGGAUCGAGCAGUAGCCGGGAGAUAACUGAGGCAGCUGUGCUCUUGUUCUAUCGCUGACACUGUCCUCCUAUGGGACCCACGAUUCUUCUCUCAACUACCAGGUCCCUGUGAUGGAGACUAACUUACCUAGUGUCUAGAAUGCAGUGGCUGAGCCAAGGAAAAUAAAUAAAUUUUGU